UUAUUUCCUUUAACAUUUUCUCUAUAUUUCUGUUUUCUUUUAUUAUCUUCCUCAUAAGAGGUGAAGAAGAAAGAAAGAAAAGAAAAGAAAGAAAAAGAAGGGUAAUAAGCGUUCAAGAGGUAAUAGCUAUAAUGGAGGGUCUUCUGCCUCUGGUUUACAAAGCAAUAAAGAAAAACAAAACAAGAAGGCAAUACGAGUGUCUUUCAUCAGGAACAGCUCUAAGCUACAACAUAAGCAUGGCCGAGAUCUACCCUCAAACUCAAGGAUAUGCCCUUCAGAAUGAGACACCUAUUCCAACCCAGAAAGUGCCUCAUCAUCAUCAUGAUGCAGAGAAAGUUGGUCACCGGCGAUAUAAAUCUGUUGGAGAUUUCGGUAAUGGUUUCCAAUCACCUGAGAUCUUUGAUUCUACCUCUUCAAAGCAACUCGUGAGGAUUAGGAGUCAAAGAAUGUUUUCAUGUAUCACUGGGGCUUAAUUAUAUAAGGUGCAUAUUUAUAUAUUUAUAUUUAUAUUUAUAUUCUGUGAGUAGUUUUUUUUUUUUUUUGAAUCGUACGUUUCAAAGAAAAUGUUGUGAUUCUUAAUUUGUUCCCUCAUCCCUGUCUUAGUUAGUUAUAUCAAUUGAAAGGUAGUAUUAUACUGUUUUGGGCGUCAAUGAUUCUUU